AUGAAUCCUCAAUCUGACCAAACAACCAUCGGUCUUGUCAUCCAACAGUUAGAAUCCCUGUCCACACGAUAUCAGCCGAUAAUUGUUGACUACGAUGUCUCGAUGGAGUUCAACCAGCCAGAGCUGACGAUCUUCGAGAUAUACGCACUAAGCAAUCAGCUAAACGAUAUUCAAACGCGAGUUCUACCCUCAUUUCGCCAACAAUUAUGCGACCUGCUGGCAUCACUAGGCGUGACCGAUUCGGAAAAAAGUAACUCAGCUCCGAACCUUCUUGAUACCCUAGAGAUCCUCUCAAGGCUUAGUCCGAUCUUGGAUGAAAUCAGUACCUUCGUCCACUCCAUCGCUCGGAUUGCUCAUGAUUCACCCGAAAUGGAAGAAAACGACGGUCAUCUAGAAGAUUUAAAACAAUUCAAAGCAAAGCAUCUUGUCAGCCAUAUAGACCAGUUACUACAAGACCAUGCCAGAUACCUUUUUAUCAGUUCGAUAAAGUUUUUGAUCCUAUCCGAGUUCGUUCGAUUUGGUUGGGAGGAUGGACAGAGGCUAGAUUGUUGCAAGGAGAGAAUGAUUGAGGCACUGGCUGAAUCAAUUGAGUUCAUCAAUACCACCAUUCUUUCAUCCAAGCGAUCUGAUUUCAAUUUUCUUCAAGACCAUUGUCAAGAGUGUGUUGAGAAUCUCACAGAAUGUAUUGAUAAGCUCUGUUCGGCUCGGACGGAGAGCUCAUCUCAAUCCAUCUCACUCCGAUCACUCACGGCCGAACUUGUCAACUCGGUGUUGUCAAUCGUCAAGUUAAUACGGAUCUUUUUCAACAAAUUCGCCAGAAACCCAACCAACAAGCCACCAUUCACAAUCGACCCAAGCAUAAAUUCGGAUGAAUUUGACCGAUUGGAAUUCAGAAUCACCGAACUUCGUUUUUCCCUGGAGGACUUCACGUUUGAUUUGAUAUGGAUGUACGAAAGACACGACCGCCGUGGAGAUCUUCCUCGCGAUUUGACACAUUAUAAGCAGUUAAGCCAGGUGAUUUGCGACGAAUUUCAUCGCACAUUUUCUUGGUUGAAAAUUUACCAUGUUGGUCUGGCUGUGCACACGCUCAUAGAUGCCGUCUGCAUGGCGGAAGCAACUAUUCAAGCUUUAUCCAACUAA